AUGCAACGAAAUCGCAUGGAAGUUGAGGCACUGACACCAAGCCUGGGCUCACUGACGACGGGGCCGGCGAUUCUGUAUAUCGGCACAAUGGGAUUCCUCGCAGAAAGUCUGGGGCGCGACGAUCAAUUGUGGAGAGAUGAAGCACCGCUUUCGAGAUGUGCGCUGAUAAACGACAUUUUGUACGAUGACGAAGACUUAUUCCACGACAUCAUAUGGCCGGAGCUGCUCAGCGACAUUGCAAAGGGGAAAUCCCAACGAGAACCGAUCCCGGCGGAGGCAUACCAGAUCAAGGACAGCAGGGCUGCCCUCAUUACUUUGGACACAUACGUAAUGUUGCGAACAGCAAGACGAGAUAUGGCGGACGUUCCUACAACGGCAGGUGAUCUGCUGGAUGCUGAUACAUGGGGCAAGACAAUUGCAGUGGUCCCGGUGACCGCGGACAUGUUGCGUAGAGACGCUAUUUGGUCAUACACACUCUGUUUCCUGACAACUGAAGUAUGGAAUUCACUCGUGGUAACCGACGUCUGCUCCUUCAGCAAAAGCGACAAUUGUAGCCCAAGGAAGAAGAUCGGCACCUUCAACCAGAUCGAGUUAUAUGACAACAUGACUUCGUGUGUAUUAACGCAGAAGGAAAGCGAGUCUCAACCGCACCCCCGUAUCAAGGAACAUCUGUCUUCUGCGAAAACCAUUCCUGCAGCGACCAUGCUAGCAAUACGACGUCUUCCACCUUUCUCAUCCCCAUUAAGGCAUGGGGCACCACCGCAGGAGAAUUCUACCCUCAUAAUCUACAAAAUUAUGCCGACGCCAUUCUACUAUCGCCAAAAUGUUCGAAAGGAGGGACUAGAAGUGAAAGCGGACAGGAUAAUUGACGCCAUUGAAGCAUGCAUCGCCUCCUACUGUAUCUUCACAACACACAUAUCGGCCACUUCUCUAAUGUUUCCGACAGAGCUCAUUGUCUUCAGAUAUACGGUACAAAUCAGCGGAUGGCAAAAUGGAAUACGUGUUCAUCAGUCUUCAAUAACAUGCCCUGCUCAUCCCAUCUGUGAAAUACUUAAUUGCUCCUUAUGUCUGGAAAAAAUCUACAAUAGUCAGUGCUUGACUAAGCUCGAGAUCCUGCUCGCCACGGCAUCCGUCAUGCUCAUCAUAUCAAUGUAUUGGAUUCUCAACCCAAUACUUUUCGUCAUCGGAAGGCUUAUCGAACUACCCCUACUCGACUCGACAUACACUCGUGCAAAGCGACGCCCACGCUCACUGAAGAACUCGGCAUUACUCAUCACGAUUUUGCUCUUCAUAAUGAGCGAAAGACACACAUACGGUUGCUCAGAUGUUGUUUUAAUAACUAGUACGACAGAAUCGUGCUCUAAGGUCAAUUCAACUCGAACAUGCACGUUCAAUCAAGUCGGUCUACUAUCGCUGCGGAUAAAAAGUAUUUUCCACGUGUGCCAAAAGAAGAUUGAAUUCUUUACUCGCGAUCAUGAAUUCAACUCAGAAUCUUCCCACCGAUGCUACAAGGCAGGAAGCUGCAACCGAAUAAAUUGCGACAACACCAAAACGUCAGAUACGAUAGCUGAGUUCAGCUGGAAAGCUUCUCACCACCCUGGCUUCACAUUUUGCAAGGCCAGCUGUCAAUGUCUGAUGUGCGACGGUUGCUUCUACUGUACGCCGGAUAUUAACCGAAAUAUCAAUCUUCUAUACCUUCAAACUGUAGUUUCACCUGCAAUAUGGGAGCUCACAGUUACCACGGAGAUCACAUUUCAACUGCAUAACAAAGAACCCGAAACACAUCUCAUUGUUCUUCGCCCAGGAAGAACGUCAAGAGUGAGAGACGUCAAGUUGUCUCUACUGGCAACCGUUUCUCCUCAACUGCCCGUUCUUGGAUCUGCCUUUAUCACUGACGGCAAGAGGACAGCCAUGACAAUGCGAGUUCAGGCUAAUGAGCUGACACCUCAAACCCCAGGCCAGUUACAAUGCGCUUCUAAAACGGAUGCAACACAAUUCAAAUGUCGAUUUUCUCCAAGGACAUGCCCAUGCUCUACGGGGGCCUUCAAAUCCACCUGCACGUGCCCAGAAGGAAAAAUGUCGAAUCAUCGGCAGCACAACACUCUACCCUUCACAACCAAGAACAUCAUAAUUGAACAACACGACGAUACAAUUGCAGCCCGAGCACAUAUUGGAUCAGCUGUCCACGUACAAACGAACGUGGAAAACAUGAAGAUCGUCUCAGUUCAAAAUCACGGAAGCUGCUCCAUUAUGACAUCUACCAUCGAAGGAUGCUACUCUUGCCUUUUAGGAGCGACAGUCACAAUUGUGUGCUACGCUACCAGUGACCAAACAACAGCUGAUAUCAUAUGCGAUGACCAACAUCAAAUUGCCACUUGCACUCAACGAAGAAAAAUAACAGCACUCAACUUCCACUUCAACUCGCCCAGGAUAGAUAUGAAUUGCACCAUCUCAUGUCCCGGAGGGCGAUCAUAUUUUCUCAUCAACGGCACGUUGGACUAUGUACAUGACUCAGAACUUCAACGAGAAAUCGCAAUUGACAGUGACGUGAGUGUAAAUUCAGCAGAGAACGUAUGGGACACCGCUACGAAGUGGAUAUCUUCAAUCACAGAUUUCUUUGGUCUUCUUAAGAUCCUUUUGAUUGCAAUUUAUCUUCAUACCUCUAAUGCCUUGUAUCCUUUUCAUUGUGACUCUCCUCUCAAGGAUAGCUUCAACCGUGAAAAAACAAACCUAAUCCCCGGGAGUUUAGCUGACCGAUAA